CCAUGCCCCGCGAUCUCUUACGAGAGAGUCCUCGCAGAAUAUACACUGAUGAUGCGAGUAUAGUUGGAUUGACACCUUUACUUCAGUUGCCUAUAGAAUUCGAAGGAACAACUCCACCAGCCCCAGUACCUGACCUCAACACACUUCCAGGACCACCGUAGAGGCCUCUGUGGCAGCUUUCUACUUUGUGAUAGCCAGUGCUUGUGAUGGUGAUGAUGAGCAUUCAAAGACGCAGCUCCUCCUCCUCUGAGGGAGAUGAACCCCAACCAUCGACUUCAGGGGAACCUCCUGCCAAGGUUCUUCGGCGCCAUCCACCACACAGAUCUUGGCAGUCCUCACGGGUUCCCACCUUCUUUGACUUUUCCUCUGACGAUAGUGAUGAUGAGCGGGAUCAUGAGUGGUUGCCCAGUACUUUAGAAGAUGCUUUCGACCCAUGCUUUGAUAUAUCCAGUUCAGAAGACGAACUGGAUUCCGUCUCGCAGGCCACCACCACACAUGACAUUGAUGAGCCACUCUCCAAUGUGGCAGCCAAAAUGAUAAAGAGGAAUGUUCCAGGGACCAGGAGAUUCGCCUGGAAACGGAAAGACAACAUCCCCAACCUUUUCAGCUUCCAAGGCAGUCCUGGGGUCAAAGUCAAAUUGGAUGUGUCAAGCACGCCCUUGGAGAUCUUCAGCUGGUUCUUCACCGAUGACCUCCUUGAUCUAAUUGUCAAGGAGACCAACUGGUAUGCAGCUGCCCACCCUCCUUGUACCUCACCUAAGAUGAGGAAGUGGAUGCCCACAUCCAGGGAGGAGCUCCAGGCAUACUUUGGAAUUCGGGUGAUAAUGGGGUUGGCAGGUCGCCCUAGUUAUUAUGACUAUUGGUCGUCCAGUCCCGUCCUACGUCAUGAACUCGUUGCUGAAGUCAUGACCAGGGAUCGCUUUGACCAGUUAACAGCUUGCCUCCAUUUUGCCCAUGUUGAGGAAGGAGCUCCACUCCCAGAGACAGGAUGUGGAAGCUCCGACCAGUUGUGAAUGCCCUCAGCAACUCAUUCCGAUCGACAUUCAUGCCGGGGCAGGAAAUUACCAUUGACGAGUCGUUGUGGAAGUUCCAUGAGAAACUAGAUAUCAAUACCUGCAACACAAGCAA